UUCAUUGUAAUGACCAGCUAUGAGUUGUUUGACUAAUAACAGGCACAGAGAGAGGUAAACUUUAAGCUCCUCCCUUAAUUCCUCUCCUGAAAGACCCCAAACUAUAACCAAACUCAGAAGAGCCGCGUUCCAACGUGCUGUCCGUUCAUAAUGAGAUGUACGUACGACAUCUCACAACGAGCGACAUGACAUUUCAGCAAUAUGCAACUGGUGUUUUUAAACUUGAAUAUUUUCACUGUGGGGAUAAGCAAAUGGACAUCUGUUGAUUUUGUAAAAGCGAAGUUUACUUGAAACUGAAAUUCCAUCGGCCAGAAUAUACCCUGACCCUUACAUCGAUUGAGAUUAUAUUUCAUCAUGUGGAGACUGCUGGCCUGUGUUCUCAUGGUCUCUGUGUUGCAGGCGCGUGAUCUUCGGAAGAGACAAACUGCAUGCCCUAAUGUGUGCGACCUGUCCCGCUGCUCAUCUGCUCUGAAGUCUUGUUAUUUCGGCGUGGUGAAGGACAGAUGUGACUGCUGCACGGUGUGUGCGGCGGGAGAGGGGGAGUAUUGUGGGGAACGCGGACGUGUAGUUUGCGGUCAGGGAAUGACCUGUGAAUAUCGAGACAGCGCGCGCGGCACGUGUGUGUGUGAAUCCCACGAGCCAGUGUGCGGCAGCGAUGGGAGAACUUAUCCUACUGUCUGUCGACUGAAAGCGGAGAACAGACGGGCUGAGAUGAGCGGCAUACCUGCUGUCAUUUUCAUCCAAAGAGGCCCCUGCGAGACCGGCUCUCGAAAUCCAAGCAGCAUGCGCUUCAAGUUUAACUUCAUAGCAGAUGUGGUGGAUAAGAUUGCCCCUGCAGUGGUCCAUCUAGAACUGUUUAGUAGAGUACCAUUUUCCAACCAAGAGGUCCCUGUUUCCAGUGGUUCAGGGUUUAUAGUGUCAGAGGACGGAUGGAUCGUCACCAAUGCACAUGUACUGACCAAUAAACAACAUAUCAAAGUGGAGCUGAAAAAUGGCAUGCUCUACGAUGCCACAAUCAAAGAUGUGGAUCAGAAAUUAGACAUCGCUCUCAUUAAGAUCGACUCAGAGACUCCCCUGCCAGUGCUUUUACUUGGUCGUUCAUCAGAACUGAGGCCAGGAGAGUUUGUAGUGGCUGUGGGAAGCCCGUUUUCUCUUCAAAACACAGUAACCACCGGUAUCAUCAGCACUACCCACCGAGGAGGUCAUGAACUUGGCCUGCAGAACUCUGAUAUGGAGUAUAUUCAAACAGAUGCCAUUAUAAACUAUGGAAACUCAGGAGGACCUCUUGUAAACUUGGAUGGGGAUGUCAUUGGCAUAAACACGUUGAAGGUUACACCAGGAAUAUCAUUUGCCAUUCCCUCAGACUGCAUACGCCAGUUCUUUGCAGACUCUUAUGACAGACAAAGAAAAGGAAGAAUGCUGACUAAAAGGAGAUAUAUAGGAGUGCGAAUGCUCCAACUUUCAGCUGCUUUGAUUGGGGAGCUCAGAGAGAAGGAGAGCAACUUUCCAGAUGUGAGCUCAGGGGUGUAUGUGUACGAGGUUAUUCCAGGGACAGCUGCCUUCAGUGCUGGCUUGGUUAACCAAGAUGUGAUAAUCAGCAUUAACGGACAACCAGUGCAUUCUACAGAGGACGUGAGUCAGGCUGUGCAGUCAAACCAAGUUCUUUCUUUGGUGGUGCGACGUGCCAAUGAAGAAAUCACACUAACAGUGGUUCCUGAAGAAGUGGACUGAUAAAGCUUUCUGGUGCUACAUCUACAUACCUCCAAACAGUAUAUUAUCCA